AUGACUAGCGCAGGAGUUGCUGGGAUGAUGUUUCAGUGUGUGUUUGAAGGAAGCCUGUCAAUGAGAGACACCGAAAUUGAGCGAAGGCCUUACCAUAAGAACUGUAGUUGUGCUCUUCACAAAUCCAAAGGGGGUGCUUGCUCGAAUGCUUGCCAAAGGAACAUUUCCUUUCCCAAGAAACAUUCAUGGAGUGAUGGUUCCUUGUGCAUGCAGGUAGCAGCUUCUUCCAAAUUCUCUUCUCCUCUAGUUGGGGACAUGUCUACGUCCAGUUCCACAUCCACAGGAAACAGAGGAAGUGUGAAUGGUGUUCAAAAUCCGGCCUUGUCACAUGGACAAUAUAAAGACACCUUUCGAAGGCUAGCUAUGAUUACGGGUGAGUUAGAAGAAACUAAUUAG